AGUGUUUGAGCUCAGAGCUCAACAUCACCGGAGCUCGCUCACUCACUCUCUGCCUCUCUCUGAGCGUGAGGCGGUCUCCUUCCCUCUCUCUGUCUCUCUCUCUGUCUCUCCUUCUCUGUCUCUCACUCUCUCCCCUCUCCCUCUCUCGCAGCCUGGUCUCUGGGGGGAUCGGGAUUCUCUCACCAAAAGUACACAGACCUCAGAGCCACGGGCAUUCGCUCUCUAAAAGGACGUGGGUUGGAUUAUUACCAAAAAAAAAAACGCGCCGUCACUGAAUCGGCUGAAGUUUCAAUUUAUAUCUCAACUACAGAGAGUCUCACACGGAGAAUGGAUCGCACUGUUUGCAGAUUGUUUUAACCAUCAAAAAAAGGACACAUCCUAAAAUAGUCAGGGUCUCGUUUGCUGCUUUCAUGGUGAAUCGGUCUAUCAGGAUGAACUUGCAGUGGGGCAGCCCGGCGCCCUGCAUCCGCGCCGUGAGAGUCGCGCACAAGCGGCUGGACUCAGACGAUCAGCCGCCGGCGAAAUGCGCCAGGCUGAGCGCCGAGGCGGGGGACACGCAGGGACUCCUCGGCGCCUCUCCCGGGUCCCCGGUCAGCCCCGUCUCAAACCAUCCGCCGGCGACCCACCAGGGACCGUCCAGGAUAGGACCGUUUCUGCUUCUACCUCUGGCGGACCGGGAAAGCAUGCACAGCGCGAUGAACACCGACACAGGCGAUGAGCUACUGUGCAAGGUCUUUGAUAUGGGGGUAUAUCAGGAAAAGAUCAGAGCCUAUGGGAUCCUACCUGCCCACAAGAAUGUGGCCAGCAUCAGGGACAUCAUCCUUGGCGAAUGCAAGGCCUAUGUGUUCCUGGACAAAGACUUUGGGGACAUGCACACCUUGGUGAAGAGCUGCCGCAGGCUGGAUGAGGAGCAUGCCCGCAGGCUCUUCCGUCAGGUGGCCCUGGCUGUGGCGCACUGUCACCAGGCAGGGAUCGUGCUGGGUGACCUCAAACUGCGCAAGUUUGUCUUCUCUGAUGAGAAAAGGACACAGGUGAGACUAGAAAGCCUCGAGGACUGUCGCGUCCUGGAAGACCCGAACAACGACUCAAUGUCAGACACCCACGGCUGCCCCGCUUACGUCAGCCCAGAGAUCCUCAGCGGCUCUGCGCCUUACUCUGGCAAGAUGGCUGACAUGUGGAGCCUUGGGGUCAUGCUGUAUACCAUGCUGGUUGGCCGUUACCCUUUCCACGACCCGGACCCGGCCACGCUGUUUUCCAAAAUCCGCAGAGGCCAGUGCUGUUUGCCAGACGGCUUAUCGCCCAAGGCCAAGUGUCUGCUCCAGAGCCUACUGAGAAAAGAACCCUGGGAGAGACUCACGGCAACCGAGCUGCUCGCUCACCCGUGGUUCCACCAGCCGCUGUCGUCGCAGGAAGUGGCACUGGGUGAACAGGAAGUGAGCUCGGCGGAACAGAUGGUGCCAUCCUUUGACGUGGAAGAGGACGAUAAUCUGUUCUGCUGACAGACUUGGUUUAGCUAAGUCUGACCGAGGGACCAACACAAAAAUUGCUAUGAGGGAUUCAUUGUUGUUGUUUUUUUUUACAUUGGCACUUUUUAGAAACUCAUUUGUCUACUGUUGUGUGUACAUACACCCUCAAGCUUUCUACAAAAACUUACUGUACUGUAUUUUGUUGUCGUAUACGUGUUACUUGCUAAGGGCAUUGCUCACAAUGAUCAUUCAUUGUGUUUCUAUAUGUGCGUUUUUUGAAAUUAUUUGGUGCUAAAAGAAACAACAAGGACUCAAAACUUGCCAGAUUAUGUUAACACAAUAAUCUCUGCAGGCUACCACGAGUGAAUCACAGAAAUUUAACUCAUAGCAAACAGUAGUCACCGAUGCUUGCUCUCAGGCUGGACUCAUAAGGCUUCAGAAAGCAUUACAUGAAUCACAUUACAUGAAAGGGACGCUAGGAGACCAGGAUGUUGUUCCUCUCACUCUCUGACCAGGCUGGAGGCUUCACUGGCUGACUCACCGACGGCUCGAGGAAGGCCCAGCACAAGCUUGACGUCUCACAGCAGGCAGUGAAAUAGAGUGAGAAAGAUGCUUAGCAGAGGACUGAUGUGUCACACUCAGUGGGACUCUACGAAGGUGUCUCACUGCCAAUCUGGCAUCGUCUCAGUGAGCGGAGAGCAUUUACAAAUCUCACACCAUGCACAGAAGGUUGAGAAAGGCAGGGUGUUACUGGUGUAAGACUCACAGAAAAGCAGGACGACUUCGUCACACACACACUCAAAAAUAAGCAGUGACACAGGGCCAGCAGUUAAAAUGAAAUCAUUUACCCUUUUUUUUUUUUUUUUUAAAGCCGGAUCAAAGCUAAAUAUUUCCUGUAAAGGAUGCUUUCGAACAGGAAGUGGCUAGUAACAGGGUCAGACCUUGCAAAUUUGACUGUGAUCAAUCUGUGCGGCUCUUCUGAAAUGCUGCGUGUGCAGUUAGCCACACCUAAACCCAACACUAAUGCUUCUUGUUUAAAAAGAAAUGCUGGGAGCAACUCUGGUUUUAAAGACUCAGUCAUCUGCCUUAGCAGCAACAGAGGUAUGAGAUAGCGGGAUAAUUCACUGGUCUGGAGGCAUGCCACAGUUGGAUUUCCGUGAACAAAAUCAAAUGGUACUUCCCACCGAUGCAAUAUGCUUUUUCUCUCAGUCCAACGAUGCUUGUAUUUUUUAAGAAAUGUGUCAAAUAGCCAGUUAAGGAGCCACAAAAUCACAAAAAGAAACACAGUACAGAAACAAUGAAGACUUUCCCAGCUGAGCCUGUUUGGUUAAUUUCUGUUGGAACAUUAUAUCAAGCUGUGUUGCUUUAACAAAGCUGAGCUGUGCUGAGUGUUGUGCCCGUAUCACUGUGUUUCAUAAACUGAAUGGCUCUGAAUCAGUCACAGUCAGGCGAUGUUUGAUGUUGUUGUCUGAUGAUGACUCAACACUUGAGCGUGUCUGUGGAGAAUGGUCCUGACCUUGGCUGGAAGAAUCUGUUCUGACUGUUUCACCUCUUUAAUGGUACUUUUUCUUUCCCCUUCCUUUCUUUCUUUUUUUUAAUUUGCCGUUGAAAGCUGUGGAUCCAUGGAGACUAGUCAUCAUAGUUAGUGACAUGAUGUACCACGUUCUAAAAGAUCUUUUACUUUGGAUUGUGACAGGCGGAUGCAGCGUUUCAGUGACGUUUAGCUUUACAGGCUACUAUAGGUCUGCAGCCAGCUAUUUCAUUCUGGUACAAUAAUUCUGACAAUGGUACUAAAUCUGGCAUAUCUGAGAAGCGCUGUGCAAUUGAUGUUUGAGUCAAGCAGUGAGGUAAAAUAAAAUGUAUGUCGCAGUUCUUUCAUUAUUUUCUCUCAUCUGCUUGAGAUACCAGAUGAGAAAGGACUCUUUGACAAUCUGGGUUGUUCCUUGCAGAAAAGUAAUUUAAGAGAUUUAUGAUUUUGUCCAGUUCAUACAUGUAGAGUGAGUCACAUGUCAUUCAUGUGACAUGUAGAGUAAACUGACACGGGUGCACCAAUUUCAUAUUGCACUGUGAAUUAUGUAUUUGUGACACAACCUAGAGGCUUUUAUUGGUCCCAACAGGUUACACACAAGAGUUAUAUUCAUUGUACAAAAGAUGUAAAUAUGUAUAUUUGAAAUAUGUGUGGAAAUGUUGAAUAAAGAUCACAUUUUUUCAUA